ACCGCCCCCCGCGCUGGCCGCGCCCGCCGGGCCGGGCCGGGCGCCGCCGCCGCGCCGAGCGGAGCGGCUCCGCCGCGGUCCGGUCCGGUCCGGUGCGGCCCGCUGGCCAUGGCCACCUGGCGGCGGGACGCGCGAGUGACGGCCGUGCAGCGGCUGGGCUGCGCCGCGCUGGCGGGCGCGGUGAGCCUCAGCCUGACGGCGCCGCUGGAGCUGCUGACGGUGCUGGCGCAGGUGGGCACCUGGCACUGCCGGCGGGGGCUGCGCCGCGCCGGGCCGAGCCUCUGCCGCGCCGAGGGCGUGCGGGCGCUCUGGAAGGGGAACCUCACCGCAUGCCUGCGCCUCUUCCCCUACAGCGCGCUGCAGCUCGCCGCCUCCCGCCGACUUGUUAUACUUUUCACGGAUGAGUUGGGUCACAUUUCCCACUGGAGAGCCAUCAUGGCAGGAAGCCUGGCUGGCAUGGUUGCAACCAUCGUGACUUACCCCACGGAUGUGAUUAAAACAAGGCUCAUUGUGCAGAACCGACUGGAACCAUCUUAUGAAGGAAUUAUUCAUGCUUUUUAUAAAAUUUAUCACCAAGAAGGACUCCUUGCACUCUACCGUGGCGUUUCACCAGCUAUAUUAGGUGCUGUCCCAUUUUCUGCUGGCUCAUUCUUUGUUUACAUCAAUCUGGACAAAAUCUGGCAAGAACCCAUCGUUCAUUUCACUCCUCUUCAGAACUUCAUAAAUGGCUGUGUAGCAGCUGCUGUGGCACAGACACUUUCCUUCCCCUUCGAGACUGUCAAGAGGAAGAUGCAGGCCCAGAGUCCUUGGCUUCCCCACUAUGGAGCAGUUGAUGUCUAUUUUACUGGCAUGGCUGACUGCUUCCGGCAGACUGUGAAGAACAAAGGUGUGCUUGGACUGUGGAGCGGCCUCACACCCAGUCUGCUCAAGAUUGUCCCAUACUUCGGUGUUAUGUUUAGCACCUUUGAGUUCUGCAAGCGGGUCUGUCUGUACAGAAAUGGUUAUAUUGAAUCUCCUUUAAAUUACAAGUUAACCCCUGGCGUGGACCAGAGUUUACGGCCACAAGAACUGAGAGAAUUGAAGCGCCUCCGGAGGGAAAAUUUUUGAGCCAAGGAAAUCAGCUCUUGAAAACUGACAUCAGAGUGUCCAUUGCAGAUACACACACUGCCUUUUUUGAGGAACUUUGGAAGACAGACAUGCUCAGCUACAGGUACCAGCGUUUCAGCAGACUGCAUGAUUUUAGUACCAUGAAUGACUAAAUCUUGUCUCUCAUUUGCUGAACGGACACAAGCAAUAUGAAUAGCAAGCAUAGACUGAAGAGGAGAGGUGCAACUACUGUGAAAACACUGUGCUAUUGGAACUUGAAAUUACGUUACUCUAGGUGCUUUACAAUACAGAACAGCCAUUUUGAGAUAAAACCACUUGCAGAACGGCGAGAUAACUGAGGUGAGAGUAUAGAUGGUAUCUUAAAAAUAGUAAGAAAAUUCAAAUGGAUAUUUUUUUAAGUAAUCUGAAAUACUGAGUUAGCCAAAAAUUACAAAUAGAAUAUAUACAACAUGCAAGAGUUUCUACUGAAAUCUCUUCUUCUUUUGGUUUUUUUUUUUAGUGAUACUGUGUAGAUGUGGCAUUCUGUGGAUGCAGAAUUAGUCUCAGUUCAGUCACACUCCAGAAUUCCCUCUUCAGUUUUUGAGACUUAGUCAAGGAUAAUAAAUUUUGAAUGAAUUUUUGGCUGAAAAUGUGCUGCUGCAACUGUGUUUUUGCUAAGAGAGAAUUGUAAUGUGCAAACAAACUGUAAUACUCUGGAAUGACAAUCUUGAAAACUUCAGUGCAUACUAGAAAAUCUCCUCCCCCUUCCUCCUGUGUUGUAACUGUGCAUAUGUGAAUUGUUUCAGGCUUUGAAAAAUAGUUUUACUGAAGCUCUCUAUUUCCUGAAAAAUUACAGUUCUUAAAUGUGUUGGAUAUUUCAGAGCCAUGAGCCUUGUCAUGUUGUUUUGGUAUUCUUAAAGCUCUAUUUUUAUAUUAAACUACUUUUUAGUUCCUGUG